UUGGAACCGGAAGAGAGCACUGUUAGCAUUCGGCUAAAAACACAGCGAGUGCAGCUGCAAAAGUGAAGGAAAUCAUCUCAGUUUGAAUCUCUAAUCGAUUAUAAUUUAAUGAUCGAGGAUCAGAAGACAACAGCAGAGCAGCGGUCAGAUAACACGCGAUGGAUGAGAGUAAGAUGGUUGGUGGUAAAGUGAAGAAACCAGGCAAACGUGGCCGUAAACCAGCGAAGAUCGAUCUGAAGGCGAAGCUCGAGAGGAGUCGGCAGAGCGCCCGCGAGUGUCGCGCCAGAAAGAAGCUGCGGUACCAGUAUCUGGAGGAGCUGGUGUCCAGUAAAGAGAGAGCCAUCUGUGCCCUCCGAGAGGAACUAGACAUGUAUAAGCAGUGGUGUUUGGCGAUGGAUCAGGGGAAAAUCCCGUCUGAAAUUAAAGCUCUUUUAACCGGAGACGAUCAGAAGCCGCCGCAGAGCUCCAGCAACAAAACACCCAAGAACGGCAAGUACAACCAGAGCAAGACGUCUUAGACGCACAGAAGAUCACAUGUAAUACAGUAUUGAUUCUGUUCAUCUACACAGUGUUUAUGAGAUGCUUCAUUUAUCAGCUUUGACUCAUAGUUUCUUAGUAACGUGACGUCUCCGAGUUAAACAAGCUUUCUGUUUCCAUUCCUGUACGAGACAUUAGAAAGAGUUCCAAAAGAAAUCCUGUUGAUUUGCGUCUAUAAUUUGAGUUCAAGCGGUGUUAUUCUUUUAUAUAUUUAUUUUGGAACUGUUCUCGCACCCAAAUACUUUUUGAUGUAGGUUUCAACAUUCCUAGAGACAAAAGAGAUGGGAAAGUUUUUAUUCAUGUGAUUUAUGACAGAAUGUGUCUGCUAUAAUCUAUUAUCCACUGACAUAAUAAAACCUUUAUAAAGGCAGAAAAUAAGAAAUGUCUUGCUCAACUCUCGAUGCACUUUAAAACAUUUGGAAGAGCUCAACGCAUAGCACUUACUUUUAUAAUUGUGACUCUUGUAAAAAUAGAGUUUGUCGAUACGGGAUAAAUGGUUGUGUCAGAAAAUGUAUUUUUGUCACUAGCUGAACUGUAAAAGCACUUUCCUUUCAAACUACUAUUUCCUUUCAACAACUGUCGUAUUUUGAGAUCUGUAUGUGAGUGUCAUCUUUUAAACCAUUUGGCAGGUUUGACAAAAUGAAUAAAUAAAAAGCAGAAGAUUUAGACCCUGAAAAUAUUGAAUGAAUGUGAAAAUAUUUAAUCCGUGCCCAGAUACUAAAAUCUUGUGUCAGUUGGUGAAAACAUUUGACUAAAUCAUGUAAAUCAGUGAGUUUACUUUCCUGGCAAACACAAACAAACAUUUUUUUAGACUAUGUUUAGAGCUUAAAUGUAUAUUUUUUAUAUGACAUGAUGUAUGAAAUGUAGAUUGUAAUUCUGUGUGUUGUGUUACAUUUAGCAUUGUCUGAUAAAACAAUGUAACAGUGUACAGUUGUGUUGUGAUCAUGAUUAUCAAUGAUCCUGGUGUAUAUACACACACAUCAGCCACAACAUUAAAACCACCUGCCUAAUAUUGCAAACUUUUAAUACUGACAAAGUCUACAUUAACUCAGAUAACCACUCUGUACAAUUGUGGUGAAGAAUAUCAUCUCUGAAUGCUGUUCUGAGAUGCGGGUUGGUGCUGUUUUGGUGGCAGGAGGGGGACCUACACAAUAUUAGACAGGUGCUUUUAAUGUUGUGGCUGAUCGGUGUAUAUUCUCUUCAAAGGCCACAUACGGUAUGUAAAACAUUGUGUAUAAUAUAACAAUCAAUCCGAUAAAUGAGCGCUUCAUAUUCUAAUUCUGCUUUCCCUUCUGUGUUUGUGCUGUCCAGCUGCAGCGUUACUUUUGUAUCAAACACAGAAUAUGUUGUUGUAAUUCAGAGCUGCACACACCGUUUCAUUGUAUCCUGUAAUCCUGAAAUAGAAACUGUGUGUGUGUGUGUGUGUGUUUCAUUAAAGCCCUUUGCUUUCAUACAGA